CGACACCAGCGAUAUGUUGUGCGGGUUCUGCGGGCAGUCGCCAUGCGCGUGGGACGCGCACGAAGCUGUGAUGAAGGAGCGAGCAACCAUUAUGCAUCCCCGACUCACUCGUGGAGACCAGCAGGAGUCUAUUCGCACGGCCCUCGGUCGUGACCGAUUGCCUGUUUGUGUGAGCAAAAAGCUUUUGCAGCUUUGGCCAGAUAGCUCUGAAAGCUCAGACAAGGAUCACCCGUCGGCGCGCGCGCAAUAGCUUCCAAAGCAUCCUGCAGCUGGGGUGCGUUGGAGCGAAAGGCACCCUCGUAAUGAAAGGCUCUGAAACAUUCG